AUGUAUGCGGACCGAAUCCGAGUGGCCUGCUACGGGGACAAGAAGAUCCCCAGCAAGCUCAAGUACUUUUUCAAGGAAGACCUAUACGAACUGUCGGACGUGAAGCUGGACGAGCGAAUCAACCUGCUGCGAAUUCACUUGAAGUACGUUUUCUAUGACAACCCCCUCUCUGAGUACCUAAAAAAUGAAGGCAACCUGCUGUCGGAAAAGUCCCUAAUAUAUAUUUAUUUCCUAUGCCUUAACAAUUUGGAGGAGUACAGAAAUGAAAAGGAGUACAUCCUAAACCGGUACAAAGACUCAGGAAAUGACGAAAAUGAUGAGUGUAUAAUUAUUUAUGCGUACAAUUUGGAGGACAAUAUUAACGAAAUUAAAAAUAUAAAAAAAAUUAAAUCAGAUUUCAGUCACAACAGUUAUAAAAGCAUCAAAAUAUUGUCCCUGCCGAUUCUCAAAAAUGAAGAUUACUACGAUUCGAAUAACAAAAUGAAAGAAUUGUAUGAACACUUUAAAAUAAGAUACAUGGAUCAUUUGAAAAUUUGUAUUGAAAAAAAAUACCACAUGAUAAGGAGUGGGUACACAAAAAGCAUGACGAACUUUCUAAACUUCGUGGAUCAUAGUAAAAAAUCACUCGGGGGAGAAAAAAAAAAAAAAAAAAAUUCACAAAAAAGUAAAUUUUAUUUGACCGACUUUACCUACCGAGAAGGGAGCGGACAGGAAGAAAAUCAAAUUCUUCAAUUUGUAAAUUUUUAUAAAAAACACAACGUCUUCCUAUUUUGCAACGAAUUUGUAGAUAUAAAUUUCUUUUUAAAAAAAAAUGACCUGUACUCCUACAUCAAUGAAAUACAGUUUGUAGAAGAUUAUGAUGAAGAGUUGUACGUGGAAUUGUAUGACCAUUUUUUACUCCUCUUCAUAUGGUGUGAAAAUUUGUGUCUACUUUUUUGCAAGUUAAAUCUUUUUAAAAAAAGUUACGUCCUCUACAGCACCAUGGCAAAAUUGUUCAUCAAGCAUUUAAAUGUGUAUAUAAAAAAAAAGAAAUGCAUCAUCCAUUCGUCCAUCCUGUUUGAAAAAAAUUAUCUCACCUUAGCGAGAUACAUAAGGGAAAGGAACAUAUGCUCCAUACACUUAUUGGAAUAUAUUUUUUUUAAAAAAUUUUCGCUUCUUCUUUUUUUAAAUAAAUUUUCCUACAUCUCCAGCAAGGCUUUAAAGUUUGCCCAGUUUUUUUACACCAAUAAGAUUUUCAUCUUCAUGCAUAAUUUCAGCCGAUUUAAAAACAGCGUCCUUAGGAAUUCCACUCAGGUUAGUUACUUGAAGAAUAUCCAGAGGAAAGUCACAAAGUAUCGCCGCCGGGACCUCUUGGGGCGCGCCGCGGCCAGGGCCACACCCCCAUCUAUGCUCCCUCGGGGGGAUAGCCAAAGGGGUGCUCAACCAGACUUAGUGGAGGAAGACAAUCCCAAGAGUGACCACAACAGCUCGUUGGGCCACGCACAACAGGAUGCUACCCCCAGGGGGCACUCCCCCAUCGUUCAUAAAAAUCUGGGCAAGCACAAAAAGAGCCUCAUAAGCGAGUUCAGGGAGGUAUUCAGGAAGGGCGUAGGCAACGUGGACAGCGCGGUUCGAGCAGGGGGGGGUGGCGAAGCCGUGUGUGAGCACAUGGGCGAAGGGGUGCUCGGGCUGGACGAAGAUCACCCAAAGGGGGACUGCCUAAAAGAGGACUGCCUAGAAGAGGAUCACCUAAAGGGGGACUGCCUAGAGGAGGAUCACCUAAAGGAGGACUGCCUAAAGGAGGACUGCCUCCUGGACGACGUCAAGCUCGUGAGCGAGACCCCCACGAGCGAGAGCCCCGCCAAGACGGCCUCCAACGACCUGUCCACGCGCCCCGGCCACAGCAGCCGCGGAGACCACCUGGGGGAGUUCCCAGACGAGCGAGACAAAAUCACGUUCCUCCUCAAGUGCUGCUUCAUGAAUAAGGAAAGUUACUUCGCCGUUUACUUUUACAACUUGGCAAACCUCAUAAAGUUCCUCUUCGAGCGAAGGAGCUCCUUUUACCAGGAGGACCAAAAAAAAAGCAAAAGUGAUAAAAGUGUGAAGAAAAACAACACCAAUAUUAGCAAGUACCUAUCGCUGCAAAAGAAUAUUAUGAAAUUGGGAUAUAAGAAAAAUUUUUCCAAAAAAAAAAAAUCGAAAAAAAGUCUGAAAAUUAAAACGAAAAGGAGCAAUUCGUUAAAUGACUCCUCCACAUCGCAGUUAUCUUCCACAUUAUCGGAGCCUUCGGAUGGAAAAAACAACAACAGCUACAGUUUUUCCCAGCAGAACGAUUUCUGCAUAAACGUUUCCAACAUUUUCAAACUCUCCUUUGUCAUUUUAAAAAAUAUAAUAAAUAGCUACAAAACAGACAAAUUAUUCGACCAGAGAAAUGCCAAAAAGGUGUACUUGCUUAACUUCUUUCUUCAUUACUUGGAAGAAAAACAGUUUGAAAAAAAUAUCCUAAAGGAAGAAGCGCAGCAAGUGAAAAAUGGGAAGAAAAAUGUCUACCACACGUUUCCAAUAUAUCAAAUAAAAUUUUUUUCAAAAAAUAAUGAAAAAGAAAAAAAUAACUUACUUAUAAGCAUUAUGAAUAAAAUCACCAAUUUGUGUCAUCGAAAAUACGGCAACAUUACCAUGAUUAAUAAAUUCUUUUUGGCAAUUAUUUUAUUUGAAAACUCCAAAUGUAGCAAGUCCUUAAGAAUUUUAAAAAAAAUCAUCCAAAAGUGUAGCCACGAUUUUGUUAUCUUUUUCUGUAUGCAACUUAUUUCCCUACACAAGGUGAAUAACCAAUUUUAUCAUUUUUGCUCCUCCUUUUUUUUAUCCAACAAGUAUACCCCCAUUUGUUCCUUCAAAGAUGUCAAUAUCAAUUUUGCAAAGGUUGGCCAUUUUCAGGAUUACCUUUUUUUUCGCCACACGAAAAAUUCCCUCCUACAAAUUGAGCACGACAAAUGUUAUGGCACCGAUUUUUUUUCCUCCCUCGGCAAGGACAUCGUUGUGUCUUAUCGCAACGUAAUGCACCACGUCAUGAGAUCCGUUGCUACAAAGGGAGAAGUGCACCUGUCAGAUGUGCGCACACAACCGAUGCCCCACGGAAAGGACACCAUCCAGAGAGGGGGACUACCCAAGGAGGGCGAGCAAAUUGGUGGCCACUCCCGAAAGGACACCUGCAGGGGAAGCACUCCCCCCAUGGGUGUAAACAAAAACAAAGUAAUAAAAAACGAAAGGAAGGUGUUUUACCAGAACAACUACUACUUCGAGCCGAACGAGGGCUUUCUGAAAAGCCUACGGAGGUUUAACUUCUCCGUUUCGAAAAACGAUGGGCAGGGCGAGAUGCACGUGCCCCACUCGGGCGUGAAGGUCUUCGUGCAGUCCAACUAUAACCUCUACCUCUUCGCGUCCAGCAUGCUCUUUGGGAACUUCGGCGAAGUGGAAGCAGCGGGUGAAGUGAAAGCAGCGGGUGAAGUGAAAGCAGCGGGUGAAGCGGAAGAAGCAGACGAAGCGGAAGAAGCAGACGAAGCGGAAGAAGCAGACGAAGCGGAAGAAGCAGACGAAGCAGGUGAAGCCGCCGAACGGGGGAACCCCGCCCCGCUGCCCCACAUCGGAACCCUGCUGCGGCUGAAAAUGCAAAAGUACGCCCAGAAGCAGGGGAAAGGCGCGGGGAAGGCCCGCCCGCCCAGAGUAAAACAGCUGUGCGUGCAGUACGACGAAAAGAUCGACCUCUUUGUCUUCUCUGCCCUUUCGCAAAACCUCCUCAUCGAUAACGUAAUGAUUGAACUGUACGACGAAAGGGAAGAUAAAAAGAUGCACCUAAAUUUCGCGAAGAACAAACAGGUCAUCAAAACGGGAUUAAAUCUAAUUAAGUUAAACAUAUCCAGCAUACUCGAAUGGAGUGAAAUCAAAUGGAACAAUUUUUGCUACAAAAUGAAUUACGUGUUCCUCCAAGUGAAUCACUUCUGCUUCUAUCAGCAGUUGGGGAUACUUCCCAAUGGGAACCUACUCACUCCCUUUUUAAACGUAUACGCGGAAUUUAUAAACUCCAAUUAUAUUUUAUCUGACGGUAGGAAGCACGCCAGCUUCUUUCUGAAUCAGCUAGUUUCUCCCCUUUACCUAAAAAUAAAAACCCUACAGUCGGUUUUAAACUGCCAGUUAGUUGCAUCCUAUUUGAAUAACACCUCUUUGGUUUACAACAGCACCAACUAUGUGAAGCUGGUCGUCUCCAAUUACCACAGGCAUGUCCACUCGAGGGAAGAGAGCGAGUUUAUCUCCACGCAGGGGGGAGAAGCCAAGGGGGGUCCUCAGGUGGACAUCCCCACCGCAAGCAACUCCAACCAAAUUAAAAACGUCCACCUCAUUGUGCAAAACAAAAGUGAAGAUUCGAAUCACCAGCACGUGGGCGAAGAGUGCACCCUACCCGAUUCUGUUUUCUUCAUCAUCGAAGCGAACGACCAUGUGAGUAUUUCCGAGCCGAAGGUUUUAAAGCAAACGGACACGUGUUUUACAAAACAAGGGGAUACAAGUGAAUGCCCUGUUGAGAAAGGAGGGGAUCAUCUCUGCAGGCGUGCCUACUACCACAGGGGGGAAAUGGAGAAGGACUCCUACGCAGUUAUAUCAUUUGUCCCAGUACGGGUAAACAACCCUAACGUGGUUACCAGUGAACAGUCUCAUCUGAAAUUUGACAGAGAGAAAAAUCCACACAGUUGCGAAUCACCUGAUGGGUCUCCCUCCAACCCGGAUGAGGUAAAAAUCAAAUGCGUAAUAAACAUCGAUUUGGGGAAAAAAAAAAGGAGACAAAGGAAAACAGAUUUGUAUAAAUUAGCGAAUGUAAAUUACGUUGGAGAAACCAAAUUUGAUCAUUUUAUUAAUCCAAAAAAAGACUCGUCAUGUCAUCCGCCGUUUAAUAACCAAAUAGUGAUUGACAAAACUUUCCAGCUUGCCAACAUUUUUAAUGAAAAAAUUAAAACGUAUAGAUCGAAAAACGCCAUGCUGUAUGAAUUAAUUUUGAAGCUACAUAAAGAUAACUCCUCUGUUUUUUUAAAAAAGUUCCACGUUUCUAUUAGGAGGAGGUGUGAUUCAGAUAUAAAGGGGGCAAAGAUAUUUCUUCUCAACGGAGAUAAUGGGGGGCUCGCCCGCAGUCACUCCCUCGCCAUGGGGGAUAACGGCUCCAAUGAAAUGGCCCAGCUGCAGGCCUACACCCUGGGGGGGAGGCACGCGAGGAAGGCGGUGAAAGAUGACGUGGUGGAGGUGAAGGAGUCAGUGGAGGGUGACGUGCAGGAGGAGAUUAAUAUAGGGAGGAAGGACGCCAUUAACGCAGGGACCGACGACGCGAUUGCCGAUGGGGGGAAGGACGCCAUUAACGCAGGGACCGACGACGCGAUUGCCGAUGGGGGGAAGGACGCCAUUAGCGCAGGGACCAACGACGCAAUUGCCGAUGGGGGGAAGGAUGCCCCGCCCCCCGGCGCGGACUCCCCGAACGAGUCGGACGCGAGCAACGUCAACCUGUGGAGCGCAAACCACGUGCAGGAGUCUGGCGCGAGCAGCUUGAGUCUGCUGAGUGCGCACGAUCUGAACGAGGAGGGGAGUGGGAAGAGAAACCCAAGCAACGAGGUGAGCUACUUUCACGACGAAAUUGACAUCAACAAGUACAUCCACGGGGGGACGAGUGUGUUCCUCCUUUUCGAGGUGGCCUACGUCGAUGCGAACGAAAGUGCCCUUGCUGAUGGUGGGAGGCGGAAUGCCUCAAAUCUGUUGAGCCACGAAGGCGUGACGGGCACCCUGUGCGUCACGUACGAAUAUCGGAGCCUCUCGGGCAUAAAGCCAUUCGAGAGGAGCCCAAAGGAAUACAUUUACACCCUGGAUGUGCCCAUCCCCCCAUUUCUGCUGCCAAUUAAUGUGCACUAUGAAAUUCCAAAGUGUGGAACAGUACACACGUCGCUCAACGUCAAAAUUGUCUUGUCCAACGAUAUGCGGGAGGAUAUUUAUAUGAAAUAUUUCGUGUACCAGGAGGAGAGAAAAAAGAAUGGUGACUGCGAAAGUGAUGAUGAACACAAUUGGCUAAUAAAUGGGUUUAAAAAGAAGGUCCUCUUUUUGCCACAGAAUUCUUCACAUGUCAUUAACUUGAUUAUCCUUCCUUUAAAAAUCGGCUUAAUUAACUUCCCCCCAAUUUUAUAUUACGUGAAAUUAAAUGACAGGUGGGUUGACGUGACUGAAGUUUUGAAGAAGAGCGAGAGCUUUCAGCUUAUCAUUUCGCCCUCCCUGCACUUUAGCCCCAAGGUGUGGCAGUUGGCGUAG